CAGGCAGAUAUGUUUCCUAAACUCUGCACUGGGCUUUGACUAGUCAAAGUAGGUCCUGACUGACCUCGCUGUAGAUGACUGAGUCAUAAAUACUUAUACAUCCUCUGGUGAGGACUUUAAGCCCAGUCUUGGAGAUAGAGGUUGGACUUUGACUCAGGAGUUGUGUUAUAAAUCGGAGGAGAGGAAUAAGAAGGUUAUUCCAGCAAACAGAGGGAGAGUGAGGUAAUGGCCAUGUGGAGGACAGCGGCAGCUCUGCUGCUUUUACUGCAUACUGUGUUUGGCCAGAGCACCAUCAAAUGGUGCACCAUCUCUGAUGCAGAGCAGAGGAAAUGUCAGGCCAUGUCACAGGCCUUCAGUGAAGUCUCCAUCCGCCCAUCCGUCAGCUGUGUCAAAGGAGGGACCGUGGAGGCCUGCGUUCAGAAACUACAGGAAAAAGAAGUAGACGCCUUGUCCAUGUCCAGCUCCAACAUCUAUGACCAGGGGAAGACAGCUUCAUUCAAGAUGGCUGCCAGUGAAACAAAAGUUGAUCGUACUGGUGCCUCCUACUAUGCGGUUGCAGUUGUUAAGAAAGCAAAUUCUCAAAUUAACAUCAACAACCUGAAAGGAAAGAGGAGCUGUCACACCGGGAAAGGCCGAACAGCUGGCUGGAAAAUGCCUUUAGGAUACUUCAUAGAUCAGGGCUACAUGUCAGUGAUGGGCUGCAACAUCCCACAGGGUGUUGCAAAUUUCUUCAACGCGAGUUGUAUCCCUGGAGCAAAUGAGGCUGGUGACCCUGCAUCUUUGUGUGAGCUGUGCAAAGGAGACGGUACAGGAGCGCACAAAUGUGAGAUGUCUGAAAAGGAGAUGUACUACAGCUAUGAAGGAGCUUUCAGGUGUCUGGCUGACGGUGUCGGAGAUGUAGCUUUUAUCAAACACACGGUUGUUGAGGAGAACACUGAUGGUAAGGGUCCAUCUUGGGCUCAAUCCCUGAAUUCGGCGGACUAUGAGCUGCUGUGCCGUGAUGGUACCAGAGCUUCUGUGUCUCAGUGGAGAACCUGCCAUCUGGUCCGCAUCCCAUUUCGUGGGGUCGUAGUGGGCAACCACAUCACCCCCUCUGUGGUGUUUAACUUGCUAACCGAGGGCCUGGAAAAAUCAAACUUCAAAAUGUUUGUGUCUCAGGAAUUUGGAGGAGAAAAUCUCCUUUUCUCUGAUUCAUCAGUUCUGUUUCAGAACGUUGAGUCAGAGGACCCCGAGAAGUGGAUGGGUCGCUACUAUUAUAGUGCUAUGAAAGCCAUGGACUGUAAAAGUGAAGACGUCCUGCGGUGGUGUGUUUUGUCAAGCGCUGAGCAGCAGAAGUGCGCUGACAUGGGUGCAGCUUUUCAAAGUAAAGGUCUGACUCCAGAGGUCAAGUGCAUUUUCGGGGACUCUGUGACGGACUGCAUGGAGAAAAUCAAGAACAACAAGGCUGAUGCCAUCACUCUCGAUGGAGGUUACAUCUACACAGCUGGCAAAGAUUACGGACUGGUCCCCGCUACUGGUGAAAGCUACACAGAUGACCGUGACGGUGCCAUGUAUUAUGCAGUUGCGGUGGUGAAAAAGAGUAACAAUGACAUCAGUAACCUCGAUGACCUGCGUGACAGCCGCUCCUGUCACACUGGGUACGGUCGCACAGCUGGCUGGAACGUUCCUGCGGCGAUGCUGAUAGAGAGAGGCCUGAUCGCCCCCAAGCAAUGUCAGAUACCACAAGCGGUGGGAGGAUUCUUCAAACAGAGCUGCGUACCUGGUGCCAACCAACCUGGUUUCCCCAAAAACCUUUGUGGUCUGUGUGUGGGAGACAGUUCAGGACAGAACAAGUGCGAGAAGGGGAAAGAUCUGUACGACGGAUACAACGGUGCCUUCAGGUGUCUGGCAGUGGGAGAUGGAGAUGUGGCUUUUAUCAAACACUCUACUGUCUUCCAAAACACUGAUGGUAACUCUGUUGAGUCAUGGGCAAUAGAUCUCCUGUCUACAGAUUUCCAGCUGCUGUGUUCCCAUGGCUCUAAAGCCGAGGUGACGCAGUACAGACACUGUCACCUAGCCAGAGUUCCCUCCCAUGCUGUGAUGGUUCGGCCUGACACCAACAUCCACGCUGUCUAUGGACUCCUGGACCAUGCACAGGCACAUUUUGGCAGUGAUACAGGUUCUGGUUUCAGGAUGUUUGACUCCACGGUCUACCAGGGCGCCGAUCUCAUCUUUAAGGACUCCACGGUUUUCCUCGUGGGAGUUGGUGAGAGGAAGACCUACCAGGAGUGGCUGGGACAGGGCUACAUGGACUCUCUGGUUGAGUUGGAGUGUAAUUCAUCAAGUGCAGUGAUGUCCUCUACAUUGCUGCUGCUGAUGGCGCUCUUCAGCAUCAUGCUGACCAACCUCUGGAUGUAAAAGCAGAAAACUGCACCAGCAUCCAAGCUCUCCUGCUACCCUCUUCAUCCCUCCUUUUCCCAAUCUUUCACUUACUUUUCCUGUAUCCCUUCUUUACAAGCUCUUCCCACUUUCUUUCAUCUGACUAUCUUUAAAAUUGGCUCAUCCUCACUUAUUGAGAGUUAUUUCUGUGUCCGGGAAGAUGCCAUGUUGUUGGAACUGCCUUUGGAUUUAAUUGGUGCUGGCGUUGAUGCAAAUGAGGCAAAAUGUUUAUUCUUUGGGAUUGAAUCAGAAGUGAUAAGAGAAGAAGGUGAUGCUGCCACUCUGUUUACUGAAGGUGAGCUGCCAUAUCAGUGAGUAUGCUGCCACCUGUUACAUUGCUUUAGUGUGCAGUGCAUCAUCUUUUCCUUACAAAGUAGCUUUACAAAGAACAGACGGCCUGACUUUUCUUGGAGCUUCAAAUUAUAGAGUUUUGUAAUGAAAGUCCGUUGACAACUUAUUGAAGUGUUAUUAAAAUCAACUUGUUAGGUCAACCUUAAAAUCCUGUUUCUUGCAAAUAAACCACUAUUUUGUCAGUCCCCUUAACUUGGAGAAUGAAUUUAUUCUUACUGACCCCACAUCAGGCUCUAUGUUUAAAAGUCAGGAGCUGUUCUUCCCCGCUGCUUCUAGCUCUGUGAAUACUACUAAAAACACAGCCCUCCUUUUAUUUGGGUUAUGUUUCUACUGUAAGCUUAUGCCAUAUCAGUGAAUAUGCACUAGUGUUACCUCCACACAGAGCUGUGCUGAGGAUGUUGCGAAGAUAGUGACUGAGUGUUUGUCCAUAGGCUGUCUGCUUCAUGUAUUCUCCCCAACUACCUAAAAAACAGAAAAGCAAAUACCUACAUUAAUACAUUUAUAUUUUAUCUGCCACUAGCCUCUUUUUAAUAUUUCAGUUUCAGUACCUGCAUACACAUGUAUGGAGUGAGUUACAUUGGCCAUCAGUUUGGGGAGAACAUAAAGAAAGCAUCCUGUGGUUUGUGACAGAGAAUGAAUGAGUUUUUGUUUGUCGAGAAGAUUUAAGUCAGAGUUUGUUCCAAUAAUGAAAGAUAUCUGGAUUCAAUUCACCAAAUUAAAAUGGCAGUCACUACCCUAGCAGUUCAAAUAUGUUGAAGGCAGUGGUAUAGAUAUAGGUAUAGUGCAGGGUAUACAUAGGAAUAGGGAAUAUACCCACUUAUAUUUUACUCUACAUAGAGUAUACCUGGUUCAUUCAGUAGUCAUGCUGCAUCCUUUUCCUAGGAUGGAAAUGGCAUGGCCUGCCUUAUGCUGCCUCUACAUGGCUAUUAGUUAUUGCCUUUGUUGGUUGGUGAAGAAUAUCAGGGUAAGCCAACAAGAGGCAGAGUAGGAUGGGUCUGCUUUGUGAAAUCUAGCUCCAUUAGCUGUGUAAGCUGAGUAGCCAAUGGAGCCACAUAGCUACAAAACAAAAGCUUAAGCCCACAAAGCUCAUGGCCAUCUAUACUAACAAUUCUACAACGCUAACGUUAACUACAUAAGCUACGUAGAUAUGUUAUCUACAUUGCAACGUGAGCUUUUGCUUUGUUUGCUAAAGCUCGUGUUGCUAAAGCUAACUAAGCUUCAUUGGCUUACAUAGUAAUGUUAACUACGUAGCUAGCAUAGCUAUGCUAGCUUUAACUUAAGCUAAGCAAUAAACCAUUCGCGUAUUUACAUCUAAAACAUGUCUAUACAUAAUUUACCCCAGGUGUAAAUGAACCCAACUCUAACCCAAACUCACUCCACAAAUGUCUCUUUCUAACUCAAACUACUGCACUUCCUGCUGCUUUGCUGUUGAAAAUGUUGAUUUGGGUGUGUAUUUUCCUAUGUUGAGAGAUUUAUUUUUAUAUGAAGUUCAGAUGCCAUAUCAGUGUAUAUGUACUGACUCAUGCUGUCAGAAACAAUGCCUUCUCUUUCCUCCUGAUAGAGAUUUAUUUCUUUAUGAAAUGAUUUAUCAUGUAACUAAUGUUUAGUUGCCAGGCCAGUGCGUCUGCACAAGUAUUGCUACAUAAAGCUGUCGACUUGAGCUGUUUUCUGUGCUUUUUCAAUGAA